AUGAAGAUUAUUUCUGUCGUAGCUUUUUGCAUCAUUAUCAUCACAUUUCUUCUUGAGUUCUCAAAUGGGUAUUCAGAUCUUGAUGCUCUCUUGAAGCUCAAAGCUUCGAUGGUAUUGACACCCACCGGGUCCGGGCUAUACGACUGGAAAGCACCCGCCAAGCGUAACUCCAGUCGUGUUUCCAAUUUACAUUGUUCUUUUUCUGGAGUUUCGUGUGAUGAAAACUCACGUGUUACAUCGUUAAUCAUAUCCAACACUCCUCUCUUUGGAACUAUUCCCAAGGAAAUUGGCAAUUUGAACAAGCUUGUCAAUCUCACGCUUGUUUUUAAUAACCUAACUGGUGCGUUCCCGUUGGAGAUGAGUAAUCUGACUAGGAUAAGGUUUAUUAAUUUGUCAUCUAAUUCUUUUACUGGUGAGCUUCCUGGUGUCGUCAUAGCCGGCAUGACUAAGCUAAAGGCGUUCGACGUUUAUAACAAUAAUUUCAAGGGGAAGCUGCCAGUGGAGUUCGCUAAGUUGAGGAACUUGAAGACUUUUUUACUGGGAGGUAAUUUCUUCCAUGGGGAAAUCCCCGAGGAAUACUCCGAGUUUCCAAAGUUACAGCGGUUAGGGUUGCAAAGAAAUGACCUUUCAGGAAGGAUUCCGGGGAGCUUAUCAAAGAUAUCAACUCUUAAGGAGCUCAAGUUAGGACGCUUUAACCGCUAUCAAGGAGGAAUACCGCAAGAAUUUGGUUCUUUCAAGAGAUUAGAGCUUCUUGACCUGGCAUUUUGUAAUCUAUCAGGAGAAAUCCCAGAGAGCCUUGGGAAUCUUGAGAGGUUACAUGUAUUGUAUCUUUUUCGCAACAAUUUCAGUGGUGACAUCCCACAAAGCCUGUCAGGAUUAGUGAGCUUAAAGGAAUUAGAUUUCUCCGAAAAUCAACUUACGGGUGGAAUACCCGAGAGUUUAUCAGAAUUGAAGAAUUUGACUUUACUAAACUUGUUUGAUAACCAUCUGGAAGGUCUUCUCCCUCCUUUUAUAGGAGAUCUCCCGAAUCUGGAGGUGCUUCAGUUAUUUGACAACAGUUUCACGUCGUCAGUACUUCCGAAGAACCUGGGCCGUAACGGCAAGCUACGAGUACUUGACGUCUCGCAAAACUGCUUGACCGGAAUGAUUGGGCAAGAUUUGUGCAAAGGAGGGAAUUUACAAGAAUUGAUUCUAAUGGAAAACUCGUUCUUUGGCCCACUACCUGCUCAACUUGGCAGUUGCAAGUCGUUAACAAAAAUACGAAUAAACAAUAACUACUUCAACGGAUCUAUACCCAUUGGCAUCUUCAGUUUGCCAGAACUCUACAUGCUUGAUCUCCGUAAUAAUGAUUUCAGCGGGGAACUCCCUGCCGAAAAGUAUGGUCCUUCUCUUGAAGUUAUUUCAAUAUCGAACAAUAGCGUCACAGGUAAUAUACCUUCAGGGAUAAGUGGUUCCGUCAAUCUUAGAAUCCUCUCCCUCGAAUUAAAUAACUUCGUUGGUGAGCUACCAAAGGAAAUUUUUAAUUUGAAAAGUUUGUAUAAGAUUGACCUCAGUGGCAACAAUCUUACUGGUAUCAUUCCAGAUUCGAUUGGUAAUUGUUCAGGUUUGACUUCGGUAGAUUUUAGCCGAAAUAAUAUAUAUGGUGAAAUUCCAAAAGAUUUUCAGAAAUUGGCAAGCUUGAGCAACCUAAAUCUCUCACGAAACCGACUGAUGGGAGAGAUUCCAAGCAUAUUAGGUCACAUAAACAGCUUGACGGCAUUAGAUCUUUCGUAUAAUAAGUUGUCGGGUAUAGUCCCCUCCGAAGGACUACUUCAAGUAUUCAAUGAUACGAUCCUUACUGGAAACCCCAACCUUACUUUACCAGAUGCAGUUCACGGCCCACACAGAUCUAAAGAUCACAAGCGCCAUUCAAUCAUCAAAUCAAAACUCUUGAUCAUCCUAAGCACAGUUGUCUUAUUCACAAUAUUGAUAUGCUUCGGUGCAUUAGUAUCUAUCAUGUGUAUAAAAAAGAGACAUACUAGGACGUUAGGCAAUGAUAUAUCUGAAACAUGGAAGCUUACCACAUUUCAGAAGUUAGGAUUUGAAGUUGAAGACAUUGUAGAGUGCUUGAAAGAAGAGAACGUGAUUGGGAGAGGUGGUGCUGGAACCGUAUACCAUGGUUUGAUGCCCAACGGUGUUGAUAUUGCUAUCAAGUGUCUAAAUAGCCGAGAGUAUGGGUUUGAUGCCGAGAUCCAAACAUUAGGAAGAUAUAAGCACAAGAACAUAGUGAGAUUACUUGGGUUCGUAACAAAAGGAGAAAUCAAUCUUCUAAUUUUCGAGUACAUGUCUAAUGGGAGUUUAGGUGACAUUUUGCAUGGACCGGGUGGGGAAUAUUUGCAAUGGGAAAUAAGGUACAAAAUUGCCGUGGAUGUGGCAAAGGGAUUGUGUUACCUUCACCACGAUUGCUCACCGAUGAUCAUACAUCGAGAUGUGAAAUCGAAUAACAUACUGUUGGAUUCUGACUUUGAGGCUCAUGUUGCUGAUUUUGGUCUGGCCAAGUUCUUGAGGCGCUCUGGUACUUCCGAGUACAUGUCAUGCAUUGCUGGAUCAUUUGGAUAUAUUGCACCAGAGUAUGUACACACCUUGAAGGUAGAUGAAAAAAGUGAUGUCUACAGUUUUGGAGUUGUGCUUCUUGUACUGAUAUCAGGUAAAAAAGCGGUGGGGGAGUUUGGUGAUGGGGUGGAGAUUGUUAGGUGGGUAAGAGAUACGAUUUCAAAGAUUCCUCACCCAACAGAUUCUUCGGUCGUGUUGUCUCUAUUGGAUUCGAGGCUCAGUGGUUACAAUCUCUCAAGUGUGGCAGAUGUGUUAAAGAUCUCGAUGAUGUGCGUGAGAUAUGAGAGCACAACUAGGCCUAGCAUGAGGGAAGUCGUUUACAUGUUAAGAGAUAAUCCUCCAUUGGAGGCCACACUUGUUGCAUAA